AUGGAUGAAAAGCCGGUUAAAGUUUUGGUGUGCGGGGACGUCGAAGGCAAGCUCGGAGCUCUCUUCAACAGAGUGCAAAGCAUCCAGAAGAAGACGGGACACUUUGACCUUCUUCUGUGCGUUGGAGAAUUCUUUGCAGCCACGCCAGAAGCUGAGGAAGAGUGGCAGCGGUACAAAAGCGGGGAAAAGAAAGCUCCCAUCCACACGUACAUCUUGGGCGCCGGAAGUCCGGAAACGGCCGAGAAGUUUCCCGGCGCGGACGGCUGCGAGCUGGCCGACAACAUCACGUAUUUAGGUCGGCGCGGUGUCUUCGCAGGGGUGUCGGGCCUGCAGAUCGCGUACGUCAGCGGGCGCGAGGCCACGCGGGAGCCGGCGCCGGCCCAUUGCUUCGCUUCAAAAGAUCUGGCGGAGCUGCUGGCCCCGCUGAUCGGCGGCGCAAAGUUCCGCGGCGUCGACAUCCUGCUGACGUCGCAGUGGCCCGAGGAGGUGUGGCGCUUUGCAAAUAAACCGCAGGAAGUUGACACAAAGUCGUGCGGAAGCGGCGCCCUCGCCAAUGUGGCGGACAAACUGAAGCCCAGAUAUCACUUUGCUGCACUAGAGGGCAUUCACUAUGAAAGGUUACCUUACAGGAAUCACAUAGUGCUGCAGGAAAACGCUCAGCACGUGACCCGCUUCAUCGCCUUGGCGAGCGUCAACAACCCCGCCAAGAAGAAGUACCUGUACGCCUUCAACAUUGUCCCCAUGAAGACCAUGGAGCCGUCGGAGCUGGUCAAGCAGCCGCAAGACGUGACCGAGAGCCCGUACAGGCGAGUCGCGAAAGACCGGGACGGCGCUUUGAAGAGCGGCACGAGCUUGGCGGCGGAAGAGGAGCCCAGCACGCAGUUCUUCUUUGACCUCAACAGCGGACGCGGCCGGAAGAGGCCGCACGAGGGCGACCGGUCGCGACGAAAGCCACCGCGCGAGCACCCUCUUCCCCCCGGGGAGUGCUGGUUCUGCCUGGCGAGCCCUCAGGUGGAGAAACAUCUGGUGGUCAGCAUCGGGACACACUGUUACCUGGCGCUGGCCAAAGGCGGCCUCAACGCGGGACACGUGCUCAUCCUGCCCAUCGGGCACUACCGGUCUACGGUGGAGCUUGCCGCCGAGGUUCUGCAAGAGAUGGAGAAGUACAAGGCGGCGCUGAGGAGCUUCUACAAGAGCCGGGGCGAGCGCUGCGUGCUCUUUGAAAGGAACUUCAGGAGCCAGCAUCUGCAGCUUCAGGUGGUCCCUGUGCCGCUGGACUGCUGCGCUAGCGAUGACAUCAAGGAGGCCUUUAUGCUGCAGGCUCAGGAGCAGCAGAUGGAGCUCGCCGAGAUCCCUCGGCACAGCGAUCUCAAACAGAUCGCCCCUCCCGGCACACCCUACUUUUACGUGGAGCUCGACUCGGGCGAGAAACUCUUCUACCGCAUCCAGAGGAAUUUCCCGCUGCAGUUCGGGAGGGAGGUACUGGCCAGCGAGGCGCUGCUGAACGUUCCCACCCGAGCCGACUGGAAGGAGUGCAAACAAAGCCGAGCGGACGAGGAGGAAGCGUGCGCCAGGCUCAGGGAGGCCUUCCAGCCCUACGACUUUGCCUGGGACGACUAA